CGCCGUCCUGCUUGUAAUCCUCAGACGACGUCGUCGGCUUGCAUUCCUCCUCAUUCUUCAACAAAACAAGAGAGAGGGCGCUGGAGUUUCUGCACUUUCAGCAUUGAGUUGGAACGAAACGACGUCGCAGCCGAUUCAGCACCUUGCUCCAUCUCUGGUGGGAAUUUUCGCCUUUUCGGAUAAGUGUUAGUGAAGCUUUUAGAUUAAUAUAUAUGCGCCAUGAACCGCACCCCGGCUCAGUUUUCCCACACACCAUUCACUUUCCCUCCCUCAAUUCGUAACCCUAAUCCUAACCCCAAUGUGUUCCACUCCCAGCCGCAGAAUGCACAACCCGAAAUCAACACUCCUCCUUUGCAUCCUGACCUUUCUACUACAAUCUCAUCUUUAAGUAGCCUCAUUCGUGAUUCUUCCCGGACCCUUGACUCACUUUCCACUCUCCUCCCUGUCCCGAGCCAAAAGGAUUUUAGGGACAAUGAUUGCCUCGUUCCUUGCCCUGUUAACCCCCACCACCGUGUGCACCCCCACUCCCUUUUCUCCCACUCCCUGCGCUGCCCCCACUCUCUCCACCACCUUCUCCCACCGCUCCAUUACCCCAAAACCCUCAAAUCCCCUGACCAGUCACAAACUGGUAAAAGUUUUAUUCAAACGCAUGACGGCUCAGACGCUGCUGAUAUGUGCUUGUCCUUGGAGCAUUACUAUGCAGAAUUUGGCUGCAAUUUUUUCUACCGUGAUUGCCCUGGUGUUGUUAACUCUUCCGCGCUGGAUGGUUUCAACAAAACAUUCACACUUCCCUCAGUUUUGUCAGCUGAGUGUGCAAAUUUUUCUGGUAGCGAAGAGAGUGAGAUGAUGGAUUGUGACAAGGGAUGUAGUAGAUUUCUCCCAUCAGAGUCUUGGGCUAUAAAAAGAGAAGUUCAGGGAUGGAAUGAUUAUCCUUCUAUGUACUCAAACUGUGUGCUACAUGCCAUUUUGGGGUUAGGUGUGGUUAGAGAGUGUGAUUUGGCGAUAUGGGUAAUAGCAAAUUCGCCCAAGUAUGGGAUUGUGAUUGACGUGCCCAUGAAAGAUCAUAUAGUUUUGCUCAUUACCCUGUGCUUAAGAGCAAUUGUAAGGGAAGCUUUAAGUAAGGUAAAGUAUAGAGAUUCAGAGAGUGGGCCUUUUGAGUGUCCCACUUUGGUUGAGGCAUUAGUGUGGUUGGGAUCUCAGCUUUCCAAACCCUAUGGUGAAUUGAAUGGAAAAUUAUUUGCCAUAAACAUUCUCAAGCAUUGCAUACUAGAUGCUGCCUUGGGCUCAUUAGUUUUCCCAUUGGAGCAAAAGGUGACAGAGUCUCCUACUUUAGAAGAAGGUUCAUUGAAUUCGGAGGUUGAUGGCAGUUGUGUUAGGGAUGAUGAAGUUACGAAAUCACUAAGCACUGAUGGUGCAUAUAGUAUGAUGAAGGGAAACAUUAUCAAUAAGGUGGUAUUUGUGUCCCAGGUUGCAGCAGCCAUUGCAGCAUUGCAUGAACGGUUCUUGCUAGAAGAAAAAAUUAAGGGAGAACGAGUUUCACAAACCCUCACUAGACAUCAACGAGUGCUUGAGCAUGAGUAUGUCUCACAAAGGGCUGAUGAGGAGCGGAAAAACCGAAGUCAGUAUAGACCUAUUAUUGACCAUGAUGGGCUGCCUCGGCAACAAUCAAGUAACCAGGAAACAAACAAGACCAAGACAAGAGAAGAGUUAUUGGCAGAAGAAAGGGACUACAAACGACGAAGAAUGUCAUAUCGUGGCAAAAAAGUGAAGCGUACAACUUUGCAGGUUACCAGGGAUAUUAUAGAGGAAUACAUGGAGGAAAUCAAGCAAGCUGGAGGGAUUGGAUGCUUUGAGCGAGCAACUGAAGGGCAAGGGAGCAUUCCAUUCAAACUACCUACUGCUACUGACUUCACCACUGAUGAUGACAAUCCAACAAAAAGAAAUAAUGAGUCAGAGGGAGGUAGCCCAAGUCGUGACAGAAAACAAUCACAUUCACGCUAUGCUAUCCAUUCUACAACUUCCAGGCAUGCUUCCACUAAAGAUCAAGAGAAACCAAAACAGAGUCAUCACCGAGAAUAUCUAGAAGAUUCGAGAAGUCUCAGUAGAAACAGGCGUGACACAGAGUAUUCCAGAAGCCCAGAAAGCUCCCGAAGUCGUGGAUGGUCACAUGGGCAGAGUGAACAAGACCAUCGGCAGGGGACCAAUACCAAGCAUCAUGAAAGCAAUUGGUCAUCUAAGUAUCAUGAUAGUAGAUCAUCUUCUCUGUCAAACUCGCACCAAAAGUCAAAAAUUAAAAGAGAUGAGAAAACAUAUGAGAAUCAUCGUUCAAACUCUCGGAAGACAAAUACUUUUGAUGAUAGAUAUGAUUCCAAUACUUUUGACGAUAGAUAUGAUCCCUUGGAAUCUCAUGACAGAUAUGUAGAAGAUGUCUCUUCUAGCAAAAAGUAUGGUAGAGCAGGCAGAUAUUCUGUAAAUGAGCAAAGUCCGGAGUGCAGUUAGGAAUCAGAGUGCAAUCUGGGUACGAAGUCAUCAGGUUUCAGCAAUUUUAACUUCAUCUGUAUCCUCCUUUGUAUCCUUGACUGUUCUUUUGUUAGCUGUUAAGCAUUUAGAUCUAAAUUCAUUGAUCCUAGUUUCUUAAUCAUUCUUAUUCUGAAUAGACAAUAACAAAAUAUUGCUCGUAGUGGCUUGAUAGUUUCCAUGAAUAUCAUGGUUAUCAUGAAGACAUUAACCCUCUUAGUUGACUGAAGUCUUUCUUGUUUGUAUGUAGAUCAUCUUUUACCUUCUAGAGAAGGAAAUACCAAAUCAGAUCUAGUUAUUUCAGCAUUGAUGUGAUUUCGAAUCAUGAUAGUAAAAAUAUACUAGGGGAUGGGCUAGCUGUCUCCGUCUAGCAGAAGCUUCUCCAACAUGGAAGGAGUAUAACAUCUGAUCCAACGGAUCGUGGCAUAGUCCCCUAUACCCCAUUAAAUUAGCUACUUUGGUUACACUGAGCGAAUGGCAUUCAAGAUUCUAGCAAGACAAACAGAUUAAAAAGAUGUCGCUUUAGACUUGCUCCGAAUAUGGCAAUAAUUAGUUACUUUGGUUACACUGAGCGAAUGGCAUUCAAGAUUCUAGCAACUAAUUAUUGCCGUAUUCGGAGCAAGUCUAAAGUGACAUCUUUUUAAUCUGUUUGUCUAGGAGAAAAAUUUAAUAUACUGAUCCUUACCAAAGGCCAGCAAGUUCCUCUGCACAUAAGGAUUGACAGGUUUGCGGUUGGAUGCAAAGCAGAGCAUCAUACUUUUUUCCAUUCGGGAAGCUGUAAUUGCCCUCUUAAUUUUGUUAUCAUUUUAUUGAUUGAUUUAUAGAUGAAAUUUACUUGCUUUUCUCAGAUACCUGUAUUUGGUUGAAUUUACUGAAACCUCGUCUCCUUGCUUGUAGCUACAAGAACACAGCUUCUACUAGAUUGGUAAAGAAGGUAAUAUGAUGGUUGAUCAAAUGCUCAAAGCUUCUCUGGCCUGCGUGAAGGUCAAGAUGAGAAAGCUGGAUGCUGGAUGCUGGAUGCAGCAGACUACUGGCCCUUGAGCUUUUAUUGUAUGUAAUAAUUCUUUGCUCAAAGAAUGCAGUUCAGUGCUGAUAACGAGUCCUUAUACUAGUCUUAACAUACCGCCUGGCUUCUUCCCCCGUUUAAAUAUGCAAAUGGAAGAAAUUGUAUUCAAGUAUUCUUGGUAUUUAUAUGGAUGCCGGUUUCGAGUUGAGUUUCAUGUACCUCUA